AUGGAGCCAGAGCAAUUGUUAGAUUAAUUAAAUGAUAUAUUGUUGGCAGAUCAUUUUAGGUUUAUAGAAGUAAUUGGGAAGGGGAGUUUUGGAGUAGUUGUGGCUGCGUUUUGUAGUAAUCUAGAUCGAGUAGUGGCAAUAAAAAUUACAUCAAAUGUUGAUCAAGAGAAUGAGGCCAAUUUGCUUAAAGCGUGUUGCCAUUAGAAUAUUGUCAAGCUCUAUAAAGUGCUAAUAGCCAAUAAUCAUCUUUACCUAAUUAUGGAGAGACUUAUUGGUUUGACGCUAGACAAACUGAUGAAACAAUCUGUCUUGUCAGAACAAAACAUUAGAAAUUAUAUGACUCAAAUUUUAAACGCUUUAGUGUUUCUUCAUAGAAAAAAUAUCAUACACAGGGAUCUCAAGCCAGAAAAUAUAUUUAUUUGUGAAAACUCAUAUGUUAAAUUAAUCGAUCUAGGUUUAGGACAAGAAAUAGUUUGUAAAGGAUGUGUUUAUUAAUCAGUUGGUACUCCGUAUUUUAUAGCUCCAGAAGUCAUAUUAGGAAAGGAUUAAAGUCAGGCUGUUGACAUUUUUAGUUUAGGCAUUAUCUUCUAUAUGAUGAUCAACAAUUUAUAGCAUCCAUUAUGGGAUGGACAGAUGAGAAAAAGGCAUUACUACUAAUUGAUAUCUAACGAGUUUUAAAUUUCUUUCCCAAAAACAAUGCCUGAAAUGGCCAAAGAUUUUGUCCUUAAUACAGUAUAAUUCAGGGCAGAAAAUAGAAUGACUGCAUAGUAAUGUUUAGAACACCCUUGGAUUAAAGGAAAGUGUAGAUCAUGCUAAGAUAUAACAUUUAACAGCAAGCUAUAACAUAUAAUUAAAUCAUUGAUGUUUUUAAAGACUCUUCAAUAAACAUGCGAGGAGGAGAUUUGCUAUAUAAAAACAACCCAUUCUCCUUUAAGAGAGGAAAAGGAAUAAGAGCGAGUCUCUCCUGAAAAUGCUAGAUUAAGCGUUGAAUUAACAAAUAAAAAAUAAAAGUCCUUUAAAUUGCAUGCAAUUCCAUUAAAAAAAGUGAGUUCAUAUAAAGAUCUAGUAUCUUUAAGAGAAAAAUAACUAAAUCAAAAGAAAUAUUAAAAUAUGAUAUCAAGAUUUAGAGAAAAGAUGUCUUUGGGUAAUCAACUCAAUGCCAUUGGGCAUAAUAAGUUUGAUUCUCCUAUGAGUCAUCGAAAAUUAACUACUUUACCUUAAAUUAAUACUAAUAGGUUACAAAGAUAAUCAACUUUUAAUUUUUAAAAUUUGUGA